AUGGCGUAUGGUGGCGUAUGGCCGCGGGGAGUAUUUUGCGGUGAUCCCGACCAACUGGAUGAGAUCUUAGGAAUAAAUGAAGAAGCCUUGGAACUUCCUGUCAGUGAAAACCAACUUCCCAUUCCAUCUCAUUAUGUCCCGACUGAAUCUGCCCUUGACCCCGCAGAAUCAGAUAUCCCAGACGAAUUCAUCAUUUACGUUGACGAAUCCUCCGAUGUAAUAGUAAUAACUUGUGAAGUCAGACUGCCUUCCAAGGAACAUUCCGUUCACCUACUCUGUCCCCUUGUUCCAGAGACCCGAUUAUGUUUAGAGAACUGCCGACGAGUCUGUUCAUUACCAGACUGUUCCGACAAACCAAAGUUGUUCAGUGUCGAGUGUGUCGAAGAUUUCUUUGUUCGGGACAUGUACAACAUUUGGAAGUUUCGAUAUAUCAUUGACAGACACAAUGCUGCUGUGCAAGGGACUUGGGGAUGUUUUCAUGCUGGAAAGUCUACAGAUAUCGUCAAUGUUACUGCUGUUUUACUGACCACUACAAGGCCACAUAUAAGACUAACAACGACUAAUCCAAUCUUAGCUUUAUCCAGUGAGCGUCUGAAUUCACAUGAACCAAUUUGGAAAUUAAAUACGUCGUGGUUUAGUAAAACACAGUCUCGAAGUGGGAAAACAAAUAUUCAAAUGCUUCAAUAUGAUAUGCCUCCUAUUGGCAGGUUAAAACAAAACGAUUUUUAA